AUGUCAACUGACACCAAACCCCUUUCCUGGGCCUUGGACGAAUUUUCAGAAUGCUACAGUGCCUUCAAGCUUCAGUCUUCGCUGGCCAACUUCUCAUUAGACCAAAUCAAACAAGAUUUGAAGGAAAUUUUGGUCGUUCCGGGCCGCAGCGAAAAGAGCCGUAAAACGCUCGCAGAUGGCGAAUCGGGAAAGCCAGUGCUUCUUCCUGGCGGCCAAGAGGUGGUCCUCAAUGCUGCGUUCAUUUCUGCAGCAAGCACUUUGGCCUUUGAGCUCGAAUUGGACGAGCUAUACACCGCCGAGUUGAUGUUCCAGGCAUUGGACACGUCGUUCCUGAAGGGCGCCGAUCCUGUCGAGGCGGGAACGUUGUUGUUCUUUCAAAGAUACCAGUAUAUAUUAAAUAUCUUGGGGUACCUAGUCGCAGAGCGCAAAUUGCACGCUGUUUUCGGCAAGGAUUGCGAGAAGCAGGUUCUUGCCAGCAUAUUGGCCAGCUAUAAGAAAAUCUACGCAUUGCUCCUGAUGCAGAACGACCUCAUCGAUAAACAGAGAGCCACUGCGGACGUCAACAACUUGCAGUUUGUCAACAAGAUCUGCUACGCCAAGAGACAGCUCUUCGAUCUACAUGACCUAUUGUCGCAGAUCUUGUGCACUUUGGUGGACUCAUACGCAGAGAGCUUGUCUAAUUUCGAUACCUACUCAACUCUCACGACUCAUAUCAACACCUACAUCAAAAGCGACGAGGACAUUUUCAUCUUGCAUUACAUUCCUUCCCUUGCUCGCAUUGUGACUUCUUUGGUGGACUCUCCAGAAGAUCAGGUUAAGAAAUUCCAUGGCUCUUUCACUCAAGACUUAAAGGCUGACUAUGCCAAGGUGAGCUCCGGCGACGGAUUGGAUCUCUCCAAGUCCACUCUUCGUAGCUAUACCCGUGUGGUGUACCUCAUGUUCUUCAUUACCUUCAUUCCAUGGUGCAAGCAGUCGCCGCAACGCACAAGUCAAUUCGACUUCGAAAAGGACAUUCUCAAACAGGUCGAGUGGCUCAUCAGCUAUGGAACCCUAGAGCAGCUUUUGUGCUAUUGCUCUGAAUCAAUGCGCUCGGAGACAAAAACGCUCAUAGAACAAGGAAAGCUUUUGGAGUUCAGACUUCUACUCCAAAGAUCUCACUCCUCCAUGUCAGCAGUUCAGCUUUUGCCAAAAGGAGCCGCCGAGUUGAUGCAUGCUGCCAAACAGCAUCCUCAAGCCACGAACCUCGUGAGCCUUCUUGAUGUUCUGUGCUUCAAGUUAUCGCCCACCAUGUGCGAUGACCUCUUAGCACCUUACUUCCAUACUUUCUUCAGUAGCUUCAUCAACCAUGCUGCCAUUGUUCUCACCCAGCUCCGCGAUAGUGAAGAAGAUUUUCUCCUAUCAUCCUCCAACAAAAAAGAGAUUGAAUCUGUUUCAGCAGCCUCAAAAAGCGAGCUCUCACAAUAUGCUGAAGACUUCAAUAAGUCUCACCGGGCUAACACGCUGGCGCAAACAAGCAUGCUGACAAGAACCGCUAAUCUGGAUAUUGACCUCGAUGAGCUCGCUACUUGUGCCGAACUCGAGAGGUUUUACAUGGCUUGUGUCUACACAUACAGUUACAGACCCGAAUUGUGUGAAUUGUUCUGGAACUCCGACGAUCAAAAUGUGAUGGGAUUCAUCACUUGGGGUUUGGAAAAUAACACUUCGCCAUUAAUUACUGCUACAUUUUGUCUUCUCCUUGGCAGUUUGACUUAUGGUUGCAGUGGUGCUAGUGUAAAAGUCUGGGAUUUGCUAGUGCAUUCUCAAGAUGGUUCUUUCAAGAAAAAUGACUACUCAAAGAUUUCAAUAGACUCAAUACUCAAUUCCUUGAGCUACUACGUCGACUCAUUGACCGAGAGCCUAGAAUCUGAAUUGAUUGUUUUCGCAAAACGUCAGCAAGAGAAGCUGGAGCACAUGUAUUCCGGAGAUAAUCAAACUUCGUCAAACUCAUCUUUGUCGACAGUUCAACUUUCAGACGACUCAGUGGCAUUUAUCUCAGGUUUUUUCAUGCUUUUGUCAACACUCAUUGAGAACUCUGGUACGGAUGACCAAGUCGGCAAAACUAUGAGGGAAUCAGCGUUCUCUCGAGUUCUCCCUACCAUAACAUCAUACUUGAGGCUCGAUAAUCUCAUUUCAGCUGCUAGAUCAUCACUGGCUGAGAAGAAGCUGAAAUUCAAGUUUUUUGACGAAGAAAAUCGGACCAUUCUCCUCAAUCUCAACUUCAACUUGUUGACCAGCUUUGCCAAAUUUGAGAGCUUGAAAAUAAAUUGCGAGAUAUGGAAUUUGGUUGACAAAUGGCUCUGUCAUUCGCUUCAAGAAGGGUCCAAUCCAUCAAAUAGUCAGCCCACAGAGACGACGAGAUAUGCGGGUGUCUCUAUCCCUAUUAAUUCUAGUGGACCAACAAAAAAUGAGCUCGCGAAAGUCAGAAACCUUAACGUUGGAAUCAAUAUGAAGGAGGCGUUCAGGAUUGCAUUUCAUAAUAUUUCUGAAAUUUCCAACUUUGUAAGGCUUUUGCAAAGAUUGCUUUUUACAUCAACACUGAAUGAUAAACCCGUUCUUCCUUAUCCUACAGAUCUUGGUGCUGCUUACCGUCACAAAAAACAGAUCGGCAUCUGGCCCUACAUUGAAUUUCUCAUCGCUGAAGUAUUCGAAAAAUCCACGGACCUCCCAGUGGUCGAGGCAAGGUUGUCCAUUCAAAGUGAUGUUCUUUCGAUCAUUGAAAACUCCCUCACGGCCAUUGACUGGGACUUGUACGAGGAACUUGCACCAAAGGUAUUUCCUAAUGCAGCUCCGCAAAAUCCAUUCGCACUGGGAUUGUCCGUCAACGGAACAGAGGUCUCGUUGUCUUAUCACAAUUUCAUUCGCCUUCACCAUUCACUAGCAAUUCUCAACUACUUAUUUGAUAUAGGAGCGUGCAGAGCCUUGUUUGAAAUUAUUAAUAUUGGCGAUGAAAUUAAUACUAAUCAUGAGACCGGUCUUCUGGUUGCCAGAGCUUUGAGUUGUGUGGAUAAGAUCUUAGGAGUCCAAUCGACCUUCAUUCGCAAGCUAUUACCUGUGCUACAAAACAUGGACGGAACACAUUCUCAAAGCGCAAAUCCAAUGGGAUACGGUACUAGCAUGAGUCUCAUGCUUUCUACUAACUCAAAACUUUACGAAAAUGUGUAUUAUCCGCCUAAUCUUGGCACCAAGGGCUUGAGUGACUUUUUCGACGUUAUGCUUAUUAACAUUACAAGUGUUGUGCAAGUGGCCAUGUAUGUUGGAAGUGCGAGUCAAGAUAUUGUGAAGCCUGCGCUCAGCAUAUUGAACAAGCUAGCAACUGCCCCAGUUUUCAAUCGAAGUUCAAACAUCUCUAACGACAACCUUUUACUGAACAAUCGUCUUCUUAGCAUCUUUGAGGGAAUAGAUGAAUCUGAUCGCCUCAAGUUUAGUUUUCUUCAACAAGUGGAGUCAAGCAACACUUCUUUGGAAACAAAGCUUGACAUAUUAUCAUUCAUUCAUGCCAGAUUAGUUGGCGCCAAAACUAUGACAAUUGGGCAUUUUCUUCUUGGCUUCGUUGCUAAAGCAGGUAACUUGUUUCUCGAUCCUGCUGAGAAAGAAGUUGGAUUGUUUCAUGGACUUGUUGAUUUGUUGAGAUCGGCAAUAGACCAUACUUCGAUGGUGAACAAUUCAACUAAUGCUCAACAAAUUAUCUCGUACGGACCUGCCAAACUCACCUGCCUUAUAUUGAAAAUCAUCGUCGAGCUUUGCCGCAACCCUAUCACUUCAAGGAGUGCAUUACCGUACUUGCGUGAAUUCGACCUUCUCGAAAAAUUCCUUGCUUCACAGAUACGGAUCGACGAAUACACCAUUUGGGAUACCAAACGGUUCGAUGGUGAUAUCCAAGAGAACUAUUCGAAUGCUUUUGUACAAGAUCCUCUUGCUCGAGAAACUUUCCUAAGCUACAUUGAAAGUCAAAACUUAAUCCUUCAAUACUUUUCAUUUGAGGUGCACAACAAUAAAUCCAUUGCAAGAAGGGAACGCUAUAUGAAUUUGCUCCUCAAUGGAACAGAGUUCUUCAAUGGCACGCCUAAAAUCCUAGAGUUCUUGGACAUCUCCAGUUUCCAAUUGUAUAACAUUGAGGAUUUCAAGCUCAAAGAAUUUGAAAAGAAUUACAAUUUGGGUGCCUUGGUCCAGGAGUUAUGCCAGGAUGAGGAGUUGGGUAAGAUGAGAAUUGAUGUCCUCGAAAGAGUCAGUAAAUUUGUUUCCCAAGCCACUUUCAAAGUCUCGUACGGAGAACAAGGAGCACCAGCCACGAUGAGCAGAGAAAUUGUACUCGUCGAUGCAGUUGCUGAGGCACAAAAGGUGAGCAAGUCGCUAAUUCAAGUCAUUCUUGCACUUGAGAUUAAAGCACUUCACUCUCGGUCGUUGCAUUCUUGGGCACAAUUGAUUCAAGUGUUGACGAAGGAGGGACUGCGCGACAAAGGUGCAUUGAUUCUCCAAGUCCUCCAAAUUGUGCUCCCAAAAAUCAACAACGACUACUAUGAGCGGGACAUUCUGUUCGCCGAGGAGUUAAUCUCGUUAUGUCUGUUCCUAUGCGACAUCUACGAAAAGGAAGCUUGUGAAGUGGCUCACGGCAAUGAUCACGGAUUGCAUAGGCUUCUCCCACUUCUCAAGACUUGUUUCAAGGGUCUUGCCAGCUCAAAUUCGACUGUCAAUUUAAGAUCUAACAUCUACCUUAUUCUCAACAAAUUCUUACAAGCCGGUAUCAAGUCAGCCGAAAUGAUAAAACAGAUUUCGGCAUGUAUGUCUUCUACGACGAACAAAAUGGUUGAUGUUAUUUGCAACGAUUGUGUCCACUCCGAGGGUGUAUUACGAAUUAGCUCUAUAAUCUGCCUCGAGUCAUUGGUGCAUUUACUGAACAUGGAAAAGUCACAAGGGAUUCUCAAUAUUCUUGUCAAAAACAACUCGAUCUCAUUGCUUGCUCGGUCAUUGAAACGCGCAGAUGAAAUCAUUAGCGACUGCGGCGACAGUAAUAACAAAAGUAUUAAUAACAACAGCGGGGCCGGUGCCGCUCACAAAAACAAUGCCUACAAACCGAACGCAAACGGCACUCAAAACCCUUACAUUUACAGUGCCCAGAAGUUGGACCAAAUACCGACCGAAAAUGGAAAUGGCAACCAUAACUCCACCGUUGCCGUUGCCAAAUCCUGUAGGAAGUCGGGGAUUAGCAUUGACACCCUUCUAUAUGAACUCACGGCGCUUAAGACUACCCUCUACCUCUUGAUCCGAAUUGGCCAAACAAAGGCAGGAGCAUCACAGUUAGUUCAAAAUGAGAUCUUCCCCAUCAUCCGGAGGUUACAGUUUCUCGCUGUGGAUGUAGACCUUGGCAUGGAGUUUUACAUUGAGGGCGCAGAUGGAGGUAUUGACAAUGCCGCCAUUCGAUUGUCACUUGAUGUCCCCAUAACGCUCCGAGACAUCAACUAUCGCCGAAACAUCGUUGGCGGUUAUGAUGGUAACGAGGCGAUUUGGGAAGGAGAUGACCAAAACAACAGCGGUAAAAAUGGAUCUGCUAACCGAGGAGCUACCAAUUCGGGCAAAAGUUUGUCCUACUACGAGCUUCUUGUGCCGGUUUUUCAGUUAGUUGCUACGAUAUUAGUCUCGGGCGGUCCUUCAUACAGGCCUGGUGUAGGACAAGCUGAGCAGCUCUUGCAGCAAUUCCGGCCAUUGGUGCAGGCGAUCAUGAAGAGAGAUGCGAUCAUGGCGACCAUUGGUCAGAGUGCGAAUGGCGUGGCUACUGGAAGCCCUGAGUUUGCUUCUGAGGGGCUCCCCGAAAUGGUCAACCUCUUCACCCUCAUCCACAGUGUAUUGGCCAGUUCGGAACAAUAA